AAUGGUCCCUGCCCCAAGUAUUUUACAGUCUAAGGAGAGAUAAAUGUAGGGAACAAGGACCAGAUCUCUGAGCUGGUGUAAUUUGUCACAGCCCCACGCCCCAAAUAUUUCCUUGCUGUGCAACUGUACUCAGCUGACUUUAAUACACCUGGGGUGAAAUUCUGGACUCUUUGACAUCAGUGGGGAUUGUGCCGUUGGCUUUGAUGGGACUAGGAUUUUGCCCCUGUUGGAUCCCUGUCUUUCAGUGCCCACUCCACAGAAUCAUGGUUUGCAGAGGGUGUAAUUUUCAGGUUCUUGGGAGGGCUCCAGUUGUAAUGUCUGCCGGGGGCUUCAUUGAAGCAUGGCUCAGCCCCAUCCAUUAUCCAGGGUGAUCAUUAAAUAAAACAAAUCGAGGACUCUUCCUGCUCCUUCCUGCCCACUCUAGAAGCGUGGUUCAUCAAAGGCAGGAUGAUAGAAUGUGGGCAAAUCAGGGCAGGCGGGGAAGUGGCCAGUCCUGCAGCCUGCCAGUUUUCUGUCCUGCUUGUGAUAAAUAGGUGACUUCUGCUUCCUGGGUUUUCCAUCCAUGCCCUAACCCGCCCACAGUGAAUUCCUCAGUUUGUUUUAAAGGCAAAAGGGGAGUGAGAGAGAUUGAUAAAAGGCCUUCACAAAAGCGAGGGAGGGUGAUGAUAUCUGAGAGUUGUUGGAUCAUUCUACCACCUCAUCCAGUCAGUGUAUCUGCAGCAUUGUUCCAUAUUUAGCUCCCGACAACUGCCUCCAGGACUGGAACUCCCAACUCCCUUUUUUCUCUCUCUCUGCCAUCUCUGAUCCCUUCACUGGUUUCAGAAAAUUGCUCCCUCUCUUUCCUCGCGGUCUGAACCCGGUGCACCAGCACCUGAGAGGAUGGCUGAAAACCAGGAGAAGCCCAGCGCCACCCAGACUGGUGAGGAGCAGCCUGAAAAUGCAGAGGAGUCUGAGGAGAAGAAGAAGGAGCUGGAGAAACUGCCACCCUUUGAAAUCGUGGGAGGGGAGCGCUUCCCAGCCUUCUUUUUCAAAUUCCAGUUCAGGAACGUGGAAUACAGCUCAGGCAGGAACAAGACUUUCCUAUGUUAUGUCGUGGAGACCCAAGGCAAAGAGUCGGGGAGCUUUCGGGGUUAUCUGGAGGAUGAGCAUGCAGCUGCCCAUGUUGAGGAUGCUUUCUUCAACAACAUCUUGCCCACAUGCGAUCCCAACCUGCGCUACAAUGUCACCUGGUAUGUCUCCUCCAGCCCAUGUGUGCCCUGUGCUGGCCGGAUAGCGCAGAUACUGCAGAAGAACAAGAACCUGCGCCUCUCCAUCCUGGUAAGCCGCCUCUUUAUGUGGGAGGAGCCGGAGAUGCAGGCGGCGCUGAAGAAACUGAAGACAUCUGGAUGCAAACUGAAGAUUAUGAAGCCUCAAGACUUUGAGUAUAUCUGGCAGAACUUUGUAGAGCAGGAAGAAGGAGAGGCAAAGGCCUUUGAGCCCUGGGAGGACAUUCAAGAGAACUUCCUGUAUUACGAAGAGAAGUUAUCAGAGGUUCUACACUGAGGCCCAUGCCAGUGAGGAUUUCAGUUUGCUCAUUUAGCUUCUUGCUUUAAUGGUGGACAGACCCAUCUCUGUUCUCUGUUUCUCAUCUGUGACUCCAACUCUGCCUAGGUCUGACAGUACAUGAUCAUAGUGAAUUUCGCGUUAGUAGUUCCUUACCCACUGCAGCUAGCAAUCCAUUAGUGUGAUCUUCCCCACUAUAGGGCAUGUGGAGGCAUACUGAGCUCUCUUCCUUGCAGGGACAUGUCAGUACCUCUAGGAAUUUCACCCCUCCGCCCCAAAUCACUUUUCAUUAGGAAAUAAAGGGGAGGGUCAUUAGAUAGAAAAGAAUGGAACUUUCUUGCUCUAAGUGGGUGACAUUUGCACAUCUAAUAGAACUGGAAAGAGGCAGCGGUAGUGGUUCUAGUCCCCUAGAAACAUAUCAAAGGAGGUAUAUUAUAGUAUAUCAUCCAUCCCUUCUGCCAUACACAAAGAUUGAGGAGUCCAUAACUAAUUUUGAGCAACAAAGCCCUGAAACAUCAGAAGCUGGUAACAUGUCUCUCUCUCAUUUCUCCAGGGCCAGCUUGUAAGAGAUCUGUCACCCAGAGGAGAGACAGGCAUGACAGACUUGGACAUCUGGGACAUGCCUUCAGCUUUUCAGAGCUGCUUUGAGUCAGGCAGGAUGCAACAAAAACCUUUAGCAGACAUAGCCCUGAUGGACUCAGACUACAUUUACCAUGUAGCAUUUAGACAUUUUGUUUUUUAAUUUUUAAAAUAAACGUGCACUGUCUUUGUUAGCAGGACA